GUUACAAAACCGGUGUUUUGCAACACAGUAGUAGACGGUGUUUCCAUAAGAAAUAGAAGAUGUCAACUAUUUGUGCUUUUCACCGAGCUUUGCUGACAAGUAGAAAUGUCUUGCAAACCAAGAGCGGUGGACCGAAGAUGAACAAGAUUCUGCCUCAGUUAUUUUCAUGUUUCAACACUGUCAACAGAAGGAACUUCCAUUCCAUGAUUAGAAUGAAAACCCCAUUACGGUCAACUGUAAAAAGUAUGACUGGCCGAUCCUGUCAGUUACUUCAAGGAAUAAGAAAAUCAGCCACAGAUGCAGCUGCUGCACAACCAGCUCUCCCUGCUUACACACAGAAGGCCAUUGGCUGGUGGUUAGUAGGAUGUUCUGGAAUGGUGUUUGGUACUGUCAUUCUUGGAGGAGUUACCAGGCUGACAGAGUCAGGUCUGUCAAUGGUUGAUUGGAAACUUUUCAAAGACAUGAAACCUCCUCGAAGCAAAGAAGAAUGGUUGGCAGAGUUUGAACGGUACAAACAAUUUCCAGAAUACAAAUAUGUCAACCAGCAAAGGGAGAUGACUCUAUCAGAUUUCAAGUUUAUUUUUUACAUGGAGUACGCACAUCGUAUGAUGGGACGUAUGGUAGGGCUGACCUUCCUCCUGCCAGCAGCCUUUUUUCUCUCAAAGGGAUGGGUGUCUAAAGCUUUGAAACCAAGACUUGCAAUUUAUACAGCUCUCAUAGGCUUUCAGGGUUUCCUGGGCUGGUAUAUGGUGAAGAGUGGUCUACAAGAGCAGCCUAAGCCUACAGAUGUUCCACGUGUCAGUCAGUACCGAUUGGCAAGCCACUUGGGCUCAGCUUUCUUGUUGUAUUCCCUGUUUCUGUAUCAGGCCUUUAACCAUCUCCUUCCAUCAGCCAAGUUACCAGAUGCAAAUCUAAAACAGAUGGCCAAACUCAGAGGGAUGUGUCACGGUGUUCUAACUGCCGUCUUCCUAACAGCUCUCUCAGGUGCCUUUGUAGCGGGUCUGGAUGCAGGUCUUGUCUACAACUCAUGGCCAAAGAUGGCAGACAGAUGGAUUCCCUCGGAUCUGUUCAGUCAUUCUCCGACAUGGAAAAACUUUUUUGAAAAUCCAACAACUGUCCAGUUUGAUCAUAGAAACCUUGCUCAAAGCACUGUCUUGGUAAUCUGUGGUUUCUGGUGGAUGUGUAGGAAAGCACCACUUCCCCCGAGGGCAAGAAUGGCCAGUAACUGUCUCCUUGGAAUGGCUUUCGUACAGGCAUCUCUUGGAAUAUCAACACUGCUUUUGUAUGUACCAACACAUCUAGCAGCUACUCAUCAAUCAGGAUCUUUGGUUCUGCUCAGUUUUGCUAUCUGGCUGGCCCAUGAACUCAAGCGUGUACCAAAGUAAUCUUUCUUCUCACAAGCUCAUCCUUGAAUUUGGCAAGAUCAGCAAUGUAUUUAGAAGCUAUUUGCAGGUCUUGGUCUCAAAAUAUCAAACGUUUUCUAGACUGGAACAGUGAUAUUUUGGAACAAUUUUCGUCUGAAAAUGUUUACAUAGUUGUGAAUAGCUGUGUUCCUGUGAUGAUUAAAUGUUUAUAAUCUUAUAUUUCUACAACUGCUAUUUAUGAAAUUUUUUCUUAUGCAUUGCAUUAGGAACAUAAUGAUUAAUUAAUAUUUUUGUGACUUGCGAAAUUUCGACUUCUGUUGAAAGAGUAUGGAAGAUUUAACUGUUCUUAAAUUACCUUCUUUGGUACUUGUGUGUAUGACACUAUUGUAAAAUGAGUGUAUUUAAAUAUAUGUAUACAUGGAUAACUUUAUCUAUUACCUCACUUAUGUUUGUAUUUUGUGUCAAUUUUAUUAUUUUCCAACUUUUUUUUCCUGUGAAUAGUCACGUUGGAACUAAGUUUUCAAAGAAAUUAAACAAAUUUAUACUAGAGAAUAAGACAAGCACUUUUAGUAUUCUUAACACAGACAUGUUUUUGUAAUCAAUGUGACAAUUAUGGAUUAGUAUUUAAGCAUUAAAUAUUGUUAUUCAUUGUCAUCAAACAUAAAUGGUGUGCUUGCACUGCCUGUUUUAUUUGCUUUUUCUUUUCACAAAGUUUCCUCCGUAAUGAUAGAUAUGUGUUUUUCUUUAAAGGCAUAACUUCAUUUUGUUCUAUUGUAAUUUGCAUUUUGUUAUGAGAUAAUCUAGAAUCCACCUGAAGGAGUGUGACUCUUCAAAUGAAGGUUGAUUAUCAAAAUCACUCAUAUCAUCCUUUGUGUAAAUCACUGAGUUGUUCUGUAAUUUCUGCAGAUUGAUGAAGAUGUAUAUUUGAUAGAUGUUUUUUUAUAAAAAGAUUUCAUACAA